ACAGUCCAUGUGUUGCGGAACUGCAGUCUCGAAACGGAUGUUCGGAGGACAAUCUCUCGACCCUUGUCUACCUGCAUAGAUGCACUCGCGCCGCAAUCCAGCAGCAGCGUGCCAGCAGUCGACAUGGUUGACUUCAGUAUAUGGGAGGAUGAUAAGCCCCCGAGUUUAGGAGAUCUUCUCGGCACAACUCAUCCACGGGACACGACUAUCCAAAUCCUCUUCUCGCUCACCUUGGGCGUCGGUGCCUUUCUAUCCUUCUGCAUCCUUAGACCUCGCUGGGGUGGGCUAUAUGCCGCGCGAAAACGCCAGAAUGACGAGACGGCCUUGCCAGAAUUGCCCAAUUCUUUCUUCGGAUGGAUCAUGCCAUUGUGGAGGAUCACGGAUCAACAGAUUCUUGCCUCGGCCGGACUAGACGCAUAUGUCUUUCUUACCUUUUUCAAGAUGGCCAUGAAGUUCCUCUUCUUGACUCUGAUUUUCUCACUCAUCGUGAUUAAGCCAGUUCACGAUGCAAACCCCGAGGAUGACCCUAUAUCAGGCAAUGGGACCGACCAUGGAAACCACACGAAGCAUGCUGGAAGCUCGAAACAGGUCAAUCUGCUCUUUAAUGAUGGCAUACAUGCCUACAACAGCAGUCACGGCAAUUUCACGCUGCCUUACAUUCCGGACUUUGAGAACGACUGGCUCUGGAUGUACGUGAUCUUUGCAUACCUUUUCUCCGGCAUCGCCAUUUAUCUCAUCAUCUCUACAACGCGCAAGGUCAUCGAGGUUCGACAGGAGUACUUGGGGUCUCAAACCACCGUCACCGACAGGACCAUCCGACUUUCUGGUAUUCCAAAGUACAUGCAGCAUGAGACGAAGAUCAAAGAGUUCGUGGAGAGCCUAGAUAUUGGCAGGGUAGAAAGCGUGACGUUGUGUCGAAACUGGAAAGAGCUAGACCAGGCCAUGGAUAAGAGAAUGGACAUUCUUCGAAGACUAGAGGAGGCAUACACCGUCUAUAUGGGAUAUCAAGGGAUUCAGCGUGCUCAAGCGGCGUUGCCUGUCAUUCAACAGAACCCCCCACAGCCAAUACUCAUUGAUGACAGCAUUGGCGAUGAUCAAGAGACCAGCGGGCUCACACAGCCCACUUCGCGGCUUCCACGGUGGCCAUACACGCAAAGUCGGCCAAAAGCUGUUGUACGCUAUGGCUUCAUGAAGCUAAGAAUGCGACGCGUUGAUGCUAUUGAACUUUAUGAGACACAGCUGAAGGAGAUUGAUGAUCGCAUCAAACGACUAAGGGAAUCGGAAUUCGAUCCCGUUCCGUUGGCGUUCAUCACCAUGGACUCUGUCGCGUCUUGCCAAAUGACCAUUCAGGCAGUGCUACAUCCCUCUCCGCUGCAACUUAUCGCAAAUCAAAGUCCUACACCAACGGAUGUUAUCUGGCCGAACACAUACAUGUCGCGAAGCAGCCGCAUGAUACGUGCAUGGACGGUCACGCUGAUCAUUGGUCUGUUGACGAUAACUUGGGUGGUCAUUUUCAUUCCGAUCGCUGGUUUACUCAAUCUUGAAGCCAUCCGAAAGGUUCUACCGCAACUUGCCGAAGCCCUAGAAGUCCACGAGAACAUUCGAUCCCUCAUCAAUACGCAAGUGCCUACGCUGAUAGCAUCACUGCUAAUGGUUCUCGUGCCAUACCUAUACUACGGUCUCUCAUGGUGUCAGGGCGAAAUCUCGAAGGGUGACAUCGAGCUCUCUUCCAUCUCGAAGAAUUUCUUCUUCACAUUCUUCAAUUUCUUUGUCGUGUUCAUGGUUCUUGGCACGGCGUCGACCUAUCUCAGCAUCGCUGGAUUCUUUGAGAAGUUUGGCGACGCACUGAAGGACUUUCGCACAGUCGCCUAUACACUUGCCUUGUCACUGCAAGCUCUACUGUCAUUCUACGUGAACUUCAUAAUCCUUCAGGGGAUUGGUCUUUUUCCCUUCCGUUUGCUCGAAAUGGGCUCUGUGAGUCUCUAUCCGAUCUAUCGCAUGGGCGCCAAGACACCUCGAGACUACGCCGAAUUGGUUCAGCCUCCGAUCUUCGUUUAUGGAUUCUAUCUGCCAAACGCACUCCUAAUCUUCAUCAUUUGCAUGGUCUACUCCGUCUUGCGACAAUCUUGGCAAGUUCUUCUCGCUGGUCUGCUCUAUUUCAUGCUCGGUCAUUUCGUCUACAAAUACCAGCUUCUGUAUGCUAUGGACCACCGACAGCAAGCGACAGGUCGUGCAUGGGGAAUGAUAUGUGAUCGAAUUUUCAUGGGUCUGAUCUUCUUCCAGCUGACCACUGCGGGCCAGCUCGUUUUCAAACAAGCUCCACGUCGCUCAGUGUUGAUGGUUCCACUGCUUGCCUUCACAAUGGGCAUGUCAGUGGUUUAUGGCAAGACCUAUAAACCGCUCAUGAAGUUUAUCGCGCUGUCUAGCGUGCGCCGAGAAGAGCGUUAUGCGGACGGGAUCAUAAGCCCGCCCGGAGAAUCCAGCACAACGACCAGCUUGUCAGCCAGUGCCAUCUUCUCCGGCCUGGAGCGAAACGUGUGGGCCGAUAUCACAGGAUUCCCAAGCGCACGCGCAAAUCUGGAAGCACGCAGCAGACGACGACGGAAGUGGCAUAGGCCGGGAGAGGAUGAUGACGAGGGAAUAGAUACGGACACGAAGUUCAUCAAUCCUAGUCUUGUUGUGCCGUUGAGAGGUGUCUGGAUCGCUGGUGAGGGACAUCUAUCUCCACAGGAUUCUAGUAGCGGCUAUGGUGCCACAAGCACUGAGACCCGAUCGCCGGAUCCGAUCGAAGUGGUCGCUGACGGCGAAGAGACUGUGUGAGGGAACAGCUUUUGCGCAAAGAGAGUCAAGAAUUGCAUAUGAUACCCACGUCAUGAGUUUAGAAAAGCGUUUGAAAGGAGUUGGUCAUGCAUUGAUUCAGGAAUCAAGUUAUCCUUCCCAUGGUCUAAAUUUAAUAGCUGUAGUUUCUAAUAAUGAAAACCCAUUCCUUU